UGUGGAAUGUGGGUGGGGCAGAACGGCAUUGAGACUGAACGGGAAAUGUGCAAAAGGAAUCCUUGGUUCAGGCUGCUUAGCGGAGGCUUUGAUCGGUGAUGAGAGUCCGUCACCUCUCUCUCUCUCCCAUGCACGUCGUCUCGGUCAACAAUUGGUGAGGGAGGAUGGGUGAGUACGUGGACAAGAGGGACACCUGUGGGACCAUCUGUCUCAAAUACCUGCUCUUCAUCUUCAACUUCUUCUUCUGGCUGGCCGGGGGUGUGGUGAUGGCUGUUGGCAUUUGGACCCUGGCCGAGAAGAGCGACUACAUCAGCCUAUUAUCCUCCAGCAUCUAUGCAGCCACCGCCUACAUCCUGGUGGUGGCCGGCGCAGUUGUCAUGCUGACCGGGAUCCUCGGUUGCUGCGCCACCUUCAAGGAGAGGAAGAACCUACUUCAGUGGUAUUUUGCUUUACUGCUGUUCAUCUUCCUGCUGGAGAUCCUGGCUGGCAUCUUGGCAUACAUCUAUUACCAGCAGCUGAGUGAUGACCUGAAGACAAACCUGAGGGUGACAAUGAUUGAGAAGUACCGGGUAGCCGGGAAUGAGAAGAUCACCAAGGCCGUCGACAAACUGCAGCAGGAGUUCCGUUGCUGUGGGAGCAACAACUCACUGGACUGGAAUGACAGCGUUUGGGUGAAAUCUUCCAACGCCGGGGGUCGUGUCGUUCCUGACAGCUGUUGCAAGACGAGAACCACCGGCUGUGGCAAGAGAGACCACCCAUCCAAUAUCUACAAGGUGGAGGGGGGCUGUAUCACCAAGCUGGAGGGAUUCAUCAUGGCGCACCUGAAGAUCAUCGGGGCAGUGGGAAUCGGCAUUGCCUGUGUCCAGAUUUUCGGGAUGAUUUUCACCUGCUGUCUGUACCGCAGCCUCAAGGAAGACACACCGUACUAAAGCCCGGGCAAACCUUCCUAAGUUCCUCCCUUCCUAAAACCCAACACACUCCAGCCCCUUGCUCUCCUCCUGCCACUUCUGGCCCCACACUCUCCCUCUGCUUUCCUGGCGCCGGCCCCCUGCCCUGCAGCCAUAAGGCACGGUUACGAUCGGGACCCAGGAUAUGAACUGAUGGCUCCUCUUCCGGGCUCUGAACUCCUGGGGGUCAAACCCGGCCUUCCCGGAGCGGGCCCCGGGAUCCAGGCUACCGAUUCCCUCGGGUCACACCGCUUCACCCAUGAACUUUUGACCCACCAGGAGUGUCCGUGCCCCCAGAACAGGCCUGGCACUCCCUCCCCACCAGCCGAUCCCCGGCCCCUCCUGGGACUGACUCCUGUUGAUAGCACAGGUGGGUGGUGGGUGGUCUCGGAGCUCCUGGACGAGCGGGGGAGGGGGCGAAGAAGCGGCAGCUCAGGCUUGCCGUCCCCAGUGAAGCUCAGCCAGGAUAGCAACCCUCAUGCCAGCAGGCAGAAGGGUGUCAGGCUGCUCUGUGGGCUGGCAGAGGGGAUGGGGGGUGGGGGCCACGCUGGCAGAGACCAGUGUGUCACUAACACAGAGCCUAGCUGUAGCACGAGUUGCCUCUGCUGGGAGUGUGGGAGCAGAGAACAGUAUGGGCAGUGGAGAGCCUGUAACCCAGCUGUAACAGCAUUGCUGCCCACAGGGACAGCUCACUGCCCCCCGCCUUGUAUUUUUUUAUAUAUAUUUACUGAGGAGAAUAAAACCAGAUCUAACACUG